AUGUAUAAGACAUAUGUUCUAUAUGGUAAUGUCCAAGCUGAGAUUUCGCGGCUUUGCUUGGCAGCCUUUGACAGUGUUUCUGCUCCCAGGAAUGUUCCACCUGAUUUGUCCAUCUGCACCUUUGUGCUGGAGCAGUCUCUGUCAGUACGGGCCCUCCAGGAAAUGCUGGCUAACACAGAAGAAAAGGCAGAAGGGCUAGUUGAUGUGGAAAAAUGGAAAUUUAUGAUGAAGUCCGCACAAGGUGGUGGUCAUCGAACACUACUCUAUGGGCACGCAAUCCUGCUGCGCCAUUCCUACAGUGGCAUGUAUCUAUGCUGCCUCUCUACAUCUCGAUCUUCGAUGGAUAAGCUGGCAUUUGAUGUAGGAUUGCAAGAGGACACAACAGGUGAGGCAUGCUGGUGGACCAUUCAUCCUGCUUCCAAGCAACGAUCAGAAGGAGAAAAAGUGCGUGUUGGAGAUGAUCUUAUUUUAGUCAGUGUCUCUUCAGAAAGAUACUUGCAUCUCUCUUAUGGCAAUGGUAGCUUACAUGUUGAUGCAGCCUUCCAGCAAACCCUCUGGAGUGUAGCACCAAUCAGUUCAGGAAGUGAAGUUGCCCAAGGAUAUCUGAUAGGAGGGGAUGUUCUGAGGUUAUUGCACGGUCACAUGGAUGAAUGUUUGACAGUCCCUUCGGGUGAACACGGAGAAGAACAAAGGAGAACUGUCCACUAUGAAGGUGGUGCGGUGUCAAUUCAUGCUCGUUCCCUUUGGCGACUAGAGACUCUAAGAGUUGCGUGGAGUGGCAGCCACAUUAGAUGGGGACAGCCGUUCAGACUCAGACAUAUAACGACAGGAAAAUAUUUAAGUCUCCUGGAUGACAAGAGUCUUCUUCUUACAGACAAAGAGAAAGCGGAUGUAAAAUCUACAGCAUUUUGUUUUCGGUCUUCCAAGGAAAAAUUGGAUGUAGGGACAAGGAAAGAGGUGGAUGGAAUGGGAGCACCUGAAAUAAAAUAUGGGGAUUCAAUAUGCUUCAUACAACAUGUAGAUACAGGUUUAUGGCUCACAUACCAGUCUGCUGAUGCAAAGUCUGUAAGAAUGGGUUCUGUGCAGCGGAAGGCAAUAAUGCACCAUGAAGGUCACAUGGAUGAUGGUUUAACCCUGUCCAGAUCUCAGAAUGAAGAAUCCCGUACAGCACGUGUCAUCCGUAGUACAGUCUUCCUUUUCAACAGAUUUAUAAGGGGCCUUGAUGCUCUCAGCAAGAAAGCAAAGUCUUCCACUGUUGAUUUGCCUAUCGAGUCAGUCAGUCUGAGCCUUCAGGACUUGAUUGGCUACUUUCACCCCCCCGAUGAGCAUUUGGAGCACGAAGACAAACAAAACAGGCUCCGAGCACUGAAGAAUCGCCAGAAUCUCUUCCAGGAAGAGGGUAUGAUCAACCUUGUUCUUGAAUGUAUUGAUCGCUUGAAUGUGUACAGCAGUGCAGCUCAUUUUGCAGACAUAGCCGGGAAAGAAGCUGGAGAAGCAUGGAAAUCUAUUCUGAAUUCUUUGUACGAAUUACUAGCGGCUCUGAUUCGAGGGAACCGUAAAAACUGUGCUCAAUUUUCUGGAUCUCUUGACUGGUUGAUCAGCAGGUUAGAAAGACUGGAAGCCUCUUCUGGAAUUCUAGAGGUAUUGCACUGUGUGUUGGUGGAAAGCCCAGAAGCUCUAAACAUUAUUAAGGAAGGACAUAUUAAAUCAAUCAUCUGUCUUUUGGACAAACAUGGAAGAAACCAUAAGGUUUUGGAUGUUUUGUGUUCUCUUUGUGUUUGUCAUGGAGUAGCUGUGCGGUCUAAUCAACAUCUAAUCUGUGAUAAUCUCCUGCCAGGAAGAGAUCUGCUCUUACAGACACGUCUUGUCAACCAUGUGAGCAGCAUGCGACCCAACAUCUUCUUGGGGAUUAGUGAAGGCUCUGCCCAAUACAGAAAAUGGUACUAUGAACUUAUGGUUGACCAUCUAGAGCCUUUUGUGACUGCAGAAUCAACUCAUCUACGAGUGGGCUGGGCUUCAACAGAGGGCUACUCACCAUAUCCAGGGGGAGGAGCAGAAUGGGGAGGAAAUGGUGUUGGUGAUGACUUAUAUUCCUAUGGCUUUGAUGGUCUUCAUCUGUGGUCAGGUUGUGUAGCACGAACAGUAAAUUCUCCCAACCAACAUCUGUUAAGAACUGACGAUGUUAUUAGCUGCUGUUUGGACCUGAGUGCCCCCAGCAUCUCCUUCCGGAUAAAUGGUCAGCCAGUUCAAGGAAUGUUUGAGAAUUUCAACAUAGAUGGCCUCUUCUUCCCAGUUGUCAGCUUCUCUGCAGGAAUAAA